GCAUGUGGGGGUAUGAUGUCCUUUUGAUAUGGCAUAUCCUCUUUGCUGUGUGCCCUCUAUAUAAAGCCAUUGCCUGCUGCAUUCCCUCUCAACAUACCACUGCACUACAGCAGGUUGCCCAGUUCUGCACCCCCUUCUUCCUUCUCUCACUUGCAUUGCACACCGAAAACCUCUUCUUCGUCAGGCAGGCAUGAAGCUUGGAGGACAAGGGAGGCAGAUGGGGAGGCUCAACAGGGCCUUCAGGGAGAAAAGGGCAAGGUUCUACAUUUUCCGCCGCUGCGUCGUCAUGCUGCUUCGCUGGAGCGAUUAGAUAUUGGUCUCCAUGGGAGAUGACUUCCCCUCCAUUCUAGAUGUUUUUUAUUUUUUUGGUUUGGAGCUAGUAUCCAUUUUGGUAGAGUUUUAGAAUUUAGGCGUAGUUGCUCACUUGCUCUGUACAGGAUGGCCGGCCGUGUGCUGGUUCGAGUGGCAAUCUUUUUUGUUUUCUUUGCUUGCAUGUUGUUUCAGGCAAGGGUGACUGAUCCAGCUCUGUGGUCUGAGAUUGCCAUAAUUUGUACUGCUGAAAGAAGAUUGGUAUGAAAAAUAUGUUGUUGUUAACGGUGAUGAUUGUGCCAUGAAUAUAUACUUUCCUAA